AUGAUAUUGCAGUUGUAUCAACGAGCAUUGAAUCUUGUUGAUGUGGAAUCACAAGUACAUCUAAAGAAGUACUACCAUCGCAUAGACAGUGUCCAUUUCACAUCCGUGAUCGAACCUCCCAUUGGCUUCAACAUCACGCACGACAACGGGGUCGUCGCCAUGGUCUAUAGUACGGGACAAGAGCUAUACCCAGAUCCCCCAGCGUAUCGCGUCGGUCUGGACAUCAUGCGCCUCCAAUUACCGAAGCGGGAUACAUUUCCCGGCUUCGUUGAGAUAUUCAGCGAACAGCUAACGGCUCUAGAAAACAGCAUCCUCCUCCCACCCACAUCUGCCGGGUCACUAUCACUACACGAGCAGUUGCGUCGAUUCUAUCUCAUAUGGACGCUAAAGGAGGCGUAUACCAAGGCGUUGGGUCUCGGGAUGGGAUUCGACUUCAGCCGCAUAGAGUACGACGUCCCGAACGAUGUCGUCCGCAUAGACGGCGUUGUUCCUCGAGGGUGGACGUUUGAUCGGUUCGAGCUCCAGAACGAGGUCAAAGGCGGUCAGGUGGAAGAUUAUGUGGGGGUAGUAGCAAGAUAUGUCGGGGAGGGGGCUUCGGAAGAGCGGAAUGUCAUUCCUUCCCCAAAACCUGAAUGGCUGAAGGUUUACGAUGCUGCACGAUUUUUGGAAAUGUCAAUUGAGAAGCUCGGUAGUAGUUAA